AUGAGCAGCCCUACCGUCGGGUCCCUUCUGGCUGCCAUUGCGACACUCGUCAGUGAUGGCCUGCGUAUCUUAAGGUUCGCCGAUAAGCGCCAAUGGGGACCUGACGAGCACGAACAAUUGCGCCUGCUGGAGGAUACCCUCAACGAUGCCAAGAAGGACUUCCAGGAGCUCUCUGUGCUCGUCAACGGACAGCGCUAUUAUAUGAACGACCGCAAACCUCCGUCAAUUGCCGAAUUACGAGCUUUACAGUCCAAAAUCGAGCAUCAUAUCGAGAACUUCAAAGACUGGGCGAGGACAGGCGGGCCAAUCAACCCAGUAUGGGCAAGAGAAACGACGCAACUGCGCCGCGAGCUGCACCGCGCACAAUGCCGAGCGGCUGGGAGGAUAUUUGCGGCAGAGCAAGAGGCCUCAGCAAGGUGUCUGGGCGCCUUUCUCGUUCACAGAAAACAGCGUGAAUGGCAGAACCAACCUGCUACCUCCGAGGAGGAGCACCACCGACGACACGUGGAAGAGGUAGUGGCAUGCAACACGACUGGCAAAUUCGAACGGUUUGGUGAUGGAGGUAUUGCAUUCGUGUGCGACUUUUGCGAUGGCCAUCUGGUGUGGGAAGACCUGGAGAGCAUGCCAUCAUUACGCACGGCCGAGGAAUCCAGCACGCGCCCAGUACCGCCCAUUUCACCGACAACCCAGAUGCCACACUGGCAGGCGACCGGCUUCACAGCAGGCAAGCGACGAGAGGAGAAGACGGUCGUUUUUGCGCCUCUGGCGAUAGCGAACCACAUGGCACCGUAUCAGGGAGACUGGGUAGCCCGACUCCUAUGCCCUUUUUGCGACGAGGCGCCGUAUACCGAGGCAGGCGGGGACAGCGACGACGAGAUGCGGAAUGCCCAGGACGAGUCCGGAUUUGAUGAUCUGCAGGCCUUCCAAGAACACUUGGAGUGGGAACAUACGGUGGCGUCGAUACCCGCUGUCCCCUUGCCCAAGGCAGCCAAGGAUUGCUUGGUGAUGUGA